UCCAGUAAGGGCCGCCGAUUCGCGCCUCGCGGUUCAUAGAACGGGACACGCGCCUUUCCCAUUUAAAAAAUUACCUUCUGUUUGUCUCAAGGUUAUUAAUCUUAAGUUCUGGAACAGAAUUCCAGUGUUUAUAGAACUAGAAAUGUCGACGAAAAUCAAAUUUAGCAAAACCUCCUGCUAUUAUUGCAACGAAUGGUUCGAAAGCGCCGACAUUGAGGCGCACAUUACCAGCUGCGGAAAGAUCGUGGAAAAGUGUCCUAAUCAUCCCUGCAAAGUUCGUGUACCACGUAAGGAAAUGGAUCGACAUCUGAACCGUUGUCCGGAAGGUUUUGGCGAAGGUGAACCAGAUGAACCUCAAGAAAAUGGUCACUCGAAAUCGUCCUCAACUGGCAAACAGGUUGAGUUCUUCCCGAAACUACCAUCCGAUAAGAUUCUAGAGUUAGAACAGGAAAUCUAUGCCUUGCGGGGCACUUUAAACGAAGAAAUCCGGCAACGACUGGCGUUGAUCACGGAUUUGGGUCAGAUGAAGAAACGCACCCAACUGGUCGACGAAUGGACCAAGAAAGUUGGUGAAGUCCUCAACGGAUUGAAGAAGUGUAUCAACGAAGAAACCGAAAGUCGAUGCGUCGACAUUAGCCUUUGUAAGCUCGACAUAAGCAAAGCAGUCAAACUGUUUGAGGAGUUGAACACCUGGCGUCUGGAGCUGACUACCCGGUUCAAUCAAGUAGAAGUUGAUUUGGAGAAACUUUCGGAGCAGCAGAAAAUCAACGAAGCUUCUGAGGACAGUCGAAACCAACAACAGUCGGAAGCACGAACCCAACUAGUCAAAGACGCCAAAAUGGUGAUGAUGGAAAGCCGAUUGAACCAUCUGCAGUCGGAGCUGGAAAAUUUGCAGCUUCGGCAGCAACAGCAACAUCUGCAACGACAAGAAUCGACAGCGGCGACGACGUUGGACAGCGGUGACUAUGCGGCCGUCCAGAGAAAAUCCAUCGACCAGGCCACCCUUAAAAGUCUCGAAAGGAAUCGCUAUGCCAUCGAGGAGAUCGAUGGGAAGCUUCAGACCGUUGAUAUGGUGCUGGAGGAUCAUCAUAAUACAAUCAGGUUCUUCCAGGACGAAAUCCGUCGGCAACUAUUCGACGUGCAGGGCGAGCUAGAUCCCAUGCGCCUCGUCGUUCAAGAACUACUGGACAAACAGGCCAAGCUGGACUACGAACUGAAGGGUGUGCUCAACGGGGUCAACGAAUCCGAAGACAGUCGAGAAAAGAUCCACAAGACGCUGGAAAAGUACCGGCGCGAAACCUACUACACCAAACAGAAGCUGGACGAUCUGCAGGUUCAUCUGCAGCAUCAGGAAAAGCUGGUAACGAUUGCCAAUACCGAGGGCCACCUCAUCUGGAGGAUAGAUCAAUUCGACAAGCGCUUCCGGGAGUCCCAGGAAAAUGAAAUCAUGAUCCAGAGUCCGUUGUUCUGCAACAAACCUUUUGGGUAUUCGUUGAGGCUGGAAGCAAGUCUCAACGGAAUCGGAACCUGGCGGGGUCGGAACCUUAUUGUUGGAUUGAUUGUCGUCAACGGGUACUACGAUAACCUGCUGGAAUGGCCUUGCACCUUGAAGGGAGUGCUGACUUUGCGAGAUCAACCCCAAGAUAGAAGCAAAGCCGUUGACUUUAGUCGGCAGAUUUUGGCCCGGCGAAAAAGUCAGCAUGUGGAAAAGAACCAGUACAUCUACAUUCCCCACCAGGUGGUGCUGCAAUCGGAGCACUACCUCAGGGAUGAUUCCCUCUUUUUGGAAGUUUGGAUUGAGCCAUGAACUUUUAGAGUUUGAUUUGAAAUUCGUAUAACAGUUUGGAACUGAAAUUUAUAACACAAGUUCACUUUUUUAAAGAUUGGAAUUUUUUAGAAAUUUCGAAGCCUUAGAUGAUGUUAUCACGAAAAU